CAACGCACAGCCAAUAUGAAAACCUGCUUUGUGACAUUGACGCUUUGCGCCUGCCUCGCUUGGGCUGCUGCGGAUGUUUCGCACCUGCCCAGCAGCAGCUAUUUGCCGCCUCCAAAGCCCGAGCAGGUGGAGCACAUGACCAUCGAACAGCACGAACUGCGCGAGUUGCCCGAGCAGGUGGAUUACAUGCACGAGAACGAGCAGGGCGUCAUGGAAUUGGCACCCAGCAGCCAACUCACUCCUCCCCCCACAAUGCCUGAGCAGGAACUGGCUCCCAUGCCCGCAGCUCGCUACUUGCCUCCCGCUCCCGUUCCAGUUGCCAUGCAGGAAGCGGAGCAACAGCGUGUAGAACCCGAGCCAGAGCAAGAGCAGCCCAUGCAACAGCUGCCCGAGAUGAUGCCCACACUCAGCAUGGAAUUCGUGCCACCAGUUGAACCUCAGCCACAGGCUGCCCCUGCCAUGCAGUAUCUGCCUCCCGUGCAGCAGCCACAAUACACCUAUCAGCAGUACCAGGAGCAACUGCAGCAGCAGCAGCAACAGCCACAGGAACAGCCACAGGACAUGCCCUACAUCCUGGAUGUGCAGCAGCCCACAGCUCCCUCUGAUGCCGAGUCGGCGGCCUACGAACCAGAGCCAGCUCAUGAGCUGCGCAGCGAUGGAUACCACUACAAGCAGGCCAGCGAGGAGCAGCGUCUGAGGCAUUAA